AAAACGGGAUGCGCACUAUAUGCCGACGCGCAGGGACAUUGUACCCGAGUUGCACGAUCAGGGCCAUCUUUGCUUGUCCUCGCCGGUGACAGUGUGUGUGUGUGGUCACUUCACAUUUUGUCAAAUUUCUGGCGAAUGAUAGUUUACAGUUUUUGAUUUUGGGGACAGAUUCGGAGUAGUUGGUUGGGUAGAACAGAACCGUGCACCGGUGCGAGGAUCCGUCUUGUAUCCAGCGGCAUCGUAUCCUCCCUUCCUUCGGUACCCUUCAUUUCAUUUUUCUGACACAGGGCGAGACGGAGAGGCGCUGCUUGCACCAUGGAUGAGGAAUAUGAUGUGAUUGUUUUGGGAACCGGGCUCACAGAAUGCAUUCUGUCAGGGAUCAUGUCUGUGAAUGGGAAGAAGGUGUUGCAUAUGGACAGGAACCCGUACUACGGAGGGGAGAGCUCUUCGAUCACACCCCUGGAGGAGUUGUACAAGCGCUUUAACCAGCCGGAGACUCCCCCUGAGUCCAUGGGCCGAGGCCGGGACUGGAACGUCGACCUCAUCCCCAAGUUCCUCAUGGCCAAUGGCCAGCUGGUGAAGAUGCUGCUGUACACAGAGGUGACCCGGUAUCUGGACUUUAAGGUGGUGGAGGGCAGCUUCGUUUAUAAAGGAGGAAAGAUCUACAAAGUUCCCUCCACUGAGACCGAGGCACUGGCUUCAAAUCUGAUGGGCAUGUUCGAGAAGCGCAGAUUUAGAAAGUUUUUAGUUUUUGUGGCAAACUUCGACGAAAACGACCCCAAAACAUUCGAGGGCGUCGACCCAAAAGUCACAACAAUGAGAGACGUUUAUAAGAAGUUUGACCUGGGCCAAGACGUCAUCGACUUCACUGGACACGCCCUCGCCCUCUACAGGACAGACGACUACAUGGACAUGCCCUGUUUGGAAACAAUCAACCGCAUCAAACUGUACAGUGAAUCUCUGGCUCGAUAUGGAAAGAGCCCCUACCUCUACCCCCUGUACGGCCUGGGCGAGCUGCCACAGGGAUUCGCGAGGCUGAGUGCCAUCUACGGCGGUACAUACAUGCUGAACAAACCUGUGGAGGAGAUCGUGAUGGAGGGAGGCCACGUGGUCGGAGUCAAGUCUGAAGGAGAGGUGGCGCGUUGUAAGCAGCUGAUCUGUGACCCGAGCUACAUCCCAGACCGCGUGCGUAAGGCGGGGCAGGUCAUCAGGGUCAUCUGCAUCCUCAGUCACCCCAUAAAGAACACCAACGACGCCAACUCCUGCCAAAUCAUCAUCCCCCAGAACCAGGUCAACCGCAACUCAGACAUCUACGUGUGCAUGAUUUCCUACGCUCAUAACGUGGCAGCGCAGGGCAAAUACAUCGCCAUCGUCAGCACCACCGUGGAGACCGCCGAGCCCGAGUCCGAGAUCGCACCCGCACUGGAGCUGCUCGAGCCCAUAGACAAGAAGUUUGUGGCCAUUAGCGACAUGUACGAGCCCACAGAUGAUGGAUCCGACAGUCAGAUAUUUGCGUCGCGGUCCUACGAUGCCACCACUCACUUCGAAACCACCUGCUACGACAUCAAAGACAUCUACAAACGCAUGACCGGCUCCGACUUCGACUUCGAGAACAUGAAGCGCAAACAGAACGACGUGUUCGGAGAGGACGAGCAGUGAGCACCAGGGGGCGACACAGAGGCCAGGCAGAAAUACACACACUGCAAAAAAACAAAAAAAUAAGCACAUGAGAUAAGAUGACUUGAAUUUAAAAUAACAAUCUUGAGUUUAGUCAUUUUAACCGGUUUAGAUUCAUUUACUCUGCUCAAAAUUUAAAUUAAUUCAAAUAGAUGUUUUGCAUCAUCUUUAUCUUAAGUCUUAAUUUAAGUGGACUAACUUUAAAAAAUGCUUUGGAUCAACAUAAAAAGCUUGUAAAAAGAUGACAUAAUGCAUUUAUUUAAAGUUAACAUCAAGAUCACCCAGAUAAUUUCACUUUAUACUUUUUAUUUAUUUACUACUCUCAAUAAUGAAUGCAAAUAACUGUUUUUUAUCAUCUUUCUCUAUCUAAAAAAUCUGUUUAUUCAAAGUAUAUAAUUUAAGUAGAUCAACUUUAAUAUAAUAAUUUAAAAAAAUGCUUUGGAUCAACAUGAAAAUCCAUUACAUUUAUUUAAAGUCAGCAUCUGAUAAUAAUAAUGAGUUGUUGUUGAUGUUGAUAGGACCUAUUUCACUGUUAAUACUGCAGCUAAUUCAACUUGAAAUUAGAAGCCAUAGUCCUCAAGUGUAGACCUACAAACUUAGUACAUCUAAGCCAAAACUACUAAAAUCAGACUAACAUUGUGAAUUCAAGUCAUUCUAACUCGUGCAGAUGUUUUUUUUGCCGUGGUGGUACUCCUCCGUGGUCUCUUUGCCCUGAUCUCUCCAUUCACACAAACACGCUGUUCAAAUACUCACUUUUUCUCACUGAAAAGCAGGGUUGAUGUGAUUUUUCCAUUACCCAUUGUAGAUAAUAUAUAACCAUGUGUUCUCUUAGCUGUGAAAUUAAUCUGUCAAUGAUUUUCAAUGCUUUAUGAUUUUCCUCAUAUUAAAAGUUCACAUCGGGACAAAAAACACCACCAAAAACGAAUAGAACUUUGAAACUGGCAAAUGGCGUGGAUGCUAUAGUUAAAGUGACCACCUCUCUCUAUAUAGGCUGUACUUACUGGAACUUUUUGCUUAAUAACAACAUAGAUAAACAAUCUGCGGGAAUCAGUGCUGGAAUCAGUGCUAACCAUAUCUCAAUACAAACCGCACAGCAAAAAAGCAUACAUUGAGAAAUUACUUAAGAAAACAUGUCUGGAUGUUUUUGAUAUGUCUUACUAUAGAUUCUUUAGUUUGUUUUCAUACCUGACAUUUUGGACUGCUCACUAGCGCCUCAGAGUGGACGAUGUUGCUGUGACGUGUCCGGUCAGCUGAUUUAAACAGGUUUUGGUGCUGUCUUCCUACCGAUUGGGGCAGGACAGCAGCGCCCCCUGCAGUCCGAUUUUUUCAGGACAGUAUUCCAGUAUCUCGAGGAUAACUGUUUACAAUAAAAAUCAUUUUAAGUCAAUUUUUGCAGAGUAGUCCAACUUUUGCAUCUACUUCUGAGGUGGUGGCUCUAUCUAUAGUAAUUGUACAUGUAUAGUUACCAUUGUUGUACAUAGCAGUUCUGCAAAAUGAAGGCUGGCCCGUUCAAAACGCCUCCUGUCAACCCUGCUUUACAAUAUUACAACUUUCUCUUGCCGUUUUUCAAUAGACGCGACUCUUUUUUGCAAAAAUCAGGCAAACGUGACAUCGCCUGUGCAAACCCGCCUGUUCAGUGCUCACUUUGCAUUGCUGUUGUGUGACCCUGUGCUAGCAAACAAGCUACCCAGCGGCUAAUACUAGGCUAACUAUCACCCACACACUACCCUCCUACCCGGAAAUGUUGAUGAUUUUGUUUGUUUUUUUUGUUGCGUAUUCUGAAAUUUCAAUAGUCUAUAAUAUGUUCUAACACUUUAAAUUAUUGAAGAGUUUUAUUUCUAUAUAUUUGGUGCAAAGUUCACUGGCUGAAGUGAUGACGUUUACCGUAUGUGAUCGGAACUGUGGUCUUCAAGAAAGUUCAGUGGGCACAUUUGGAUAAAAAGAAUCGUCUAUAUGAGUUAAAAUGACUUGAUUUUAAAGUUUUGGAUUUGAGUUUGUUAUGGCAAGUUUGCAUUUAUUUACUUGUCAAACUUAGAUCAUUUUCAGAUGUUUUUUCUGGCCACAAACGUACAAAUUUGACAAUACUAUCUUGAAAACAAUCCAGUUUGCAUUUAUUUACUUAUAAAAACCAUAUGUACUAUCUUGUUACCUCUCAAUAAAUGAUCCUUCUAGUUUCUAUUCAUAUAUAAACUGAAAUGUGUUGAAACCACUCAUGACUCUGACUUCAGUUUAAGUCAUUUUAAGCCAUGUAGAUGUUUCGGUUUUGCAGUGUAAGAGUGUUAAAAACUAAGGAUUGUGAAACUGCAUGUAUGUGAUGUAGAAAAGAGGUUUUAUCGAGUUUUUUUUGGUCCGAACUCGAGAAAGUCGUGUUAAGGUUGAAGACUGAAAAUUCAGCUCAAAGUGAAUGCACCAGAUUGUGUCUUGGUUGUUUGAAUUCAACCCCUGUGUACGUCACUGGAAGAGUCACUCCCUUAGGGGCAAAAUCCAAUGAAAAAACUACACGCUGUAAACACUGUGCUAUCUACAUGAGUGUAAAAAUUCAAAUAUUAAUCUUGUUUUGGAUUUAUUUACUUAUCAAAGCUAGAUUAUUAAGUUGCUUCUUAGUAUUUCUGGCUUGUUUCAGUUAAUGCGUUUCAGAUGGGGGCAGUUAAAACUACUAUUGCAGAUUUUGUUGUCAUAGAAUGUGUUUAAACAAAAUAUCAGGUUCAAACUUGUGAAUUUCUGGUUUAAUGAAGAAAACUUGCUCUUGCCCCCUACAAUAUUCUUUAAUCUCUGGGAACGUCCCCUGAUCCGAAGGUUGGGGUUCGAAUCCCGCUCUCUACAUAAACAUCAUCGGUUGAGGGGUCAGAUCCACUGACUCAGGUUUGGCGAAGGUGAUUCCAGCUCCCACAGAUGAUUGCUGUUGUCGUGUCCUUGGGCAAGACACUCAAUAUAAACUAGUUAAAAUAGAGUAAUUGCAAUAGCUUGACCUCAUGUAGAGAUACAGUUUUUACAGUGCAGUCGUUAAAUGGCAGAAACACACUAAUUUGCAGUAGCAUAGCAGUACGAAGCCACAGUUUCCUGCCCCUUGUGAAUGAACCAAUACGAUUUGAUUUGGUCAUAGCCUUAAUUCGGGGUUUCACUGAGAAUGGCUCAUUAUUAUAUUCUUUUAGUGCUUGUUUCUAUCUUGUUUUGGAUCCUUCCUGUGCCAAAAUGUUAUUGUUAUUGGCAAAAAUAGCAAAAAGACAAAAAAAAACAACACAACUAUACAUUUUACUGUCUUUUCUUUUAUCUGCCUAUUCUGUUUCUGUUUUAUUGCAACAAACCAUUCAAAAUAUGGAACUUGAGCUGGAUUGCGCCAUCUAGGUGUAACUUCACUUCAGUUCAAUAAAUCCUAGUUUAAGUUAGCUCAAAGUUUAGCAGCGUAAAAAGUUGAAAAAGCUACAUCACGUCUCUGCAUAACUAUAAACUAUUUAACAUGAGUUUUACUAAACACAAAUUAGCAAUAAUCCAACUUCUGAGAUAAGUUAAAACUGGUUGGUACAAUCUGCUGUUAUGAUGUUUUGAAUGGUGCUAUGCAAUUGUCCUCAAAAUGGCGCCCGUAACAUCAUUUAAAAUCUGAAUUCUGACAGAUGCUUUGCUUUGCUGUUAUUGCCGAAUCCACCAUUUUUGUUUUAACUUAAACGCACCAACACAUUCCCGAAUUAACACCGAAAUGGGGAGCUGACUUUUCUUUUCUUUUUGCAAUUUCAGUUUCCGGUAAUUUGUGAAGGAACGGCUGCGUCUAUGCUUACCUUACGACAUUAUAUCUGGUAGAAUUGAUUUUUAAAGUGAUGCACACUAACUUAAUGAUAUUUGUUUGUUUGUUUGUUGUUUUUGCAGUGUCACAUGUUUACCUGAUUUAGUGGUCAUUCCUGUGUCCAUCAUAGUUUCGCUAUGAUUAAAAGCAUUCCAACUAAGGUUUCAAUGGAGGAUACUCUUUAAAAAAUACCGCUGCCUAUUUCCAACAUGUCUCUCUGUGCAUCAGUCAUUAACGUAUGUGCUCAUUACACACUGCAGAAAAUACAUAUCCACUGGAAUUGAAAAAGUUAGUUCAAUUUGGAAUAUACACUUUUUGAGUUGACUUUACUAGCUUUUAUUCAUGUUCUAAUAUGACCUAGAUUAUCUAACUUGAUAAUGCAAUGUAUUAAAACUACUUCAAACAAGUCACAUUAUCUAGGUUAAAUUUAUAAACAGAUAUAAACUAGUCCAACCAACUCAAACAAGCUUAAUAUUUCAAUUGCAGCUUAUUUGAAGCCAACUGGACAUUGAUUUUUUUGCAGUGUAAAAAGACAUCAAGACUGGAAACUGUUUACUGAAUAUAUAUUUGUUGCCUCUCCUUCAUUCAUAAUAACGUUGUCUUUAUUUUGUUUAUGGAAAAAGCCUUGUGCGGUCAUUCUGUAUUCACUCCCAUUCAUUUUUGGCAUUUGAAAAUAACACUAUCGACUUAACUCCCUUGAAAUGGACAAGUGAAGAUAGUUCAGGCUCAGUAGUAGAAACUUUCUGUCCUUGUUUGAUCACUAGUAUGUGAACAAUGCCUAUAACGUCUUGUGUAACAAAUAAAAUGAUCUAAACUAUGACUGAAAUUGAAAUGAAAAAUAAAAAGCACAUGGCAAACCUGUGGAAA